UGUGACUGCGUGUGUGUGUGCAUGUUAGUGGCUGUGUGUGUGUGUGUGUGUGAGAGAGAGAGAUGACUGAGGUGAGUGGACACACAGCAGCAGCAACACAUGCUGCAUGCAGCUAUACCAAGGAUUUUACUCCCUAACAUGGACUAACCUUUGAGGACACUUUGGGAUUUACCUCAUUUGGGGAUUUUGAAGAAGUUGGAGGAAGUCAUGGAAGGUGUCGGCGCUCAGAGCGCAAUGUCUUCACUGAAGAGCUGAGCGGCGGCGACUCAGCAUGUAGCGCAGGAGAAAGAAGUCCAUUCACGCCUGCUAAGAAUCUGACCAGAUCAUGGGAAACUCAUACGCCGGGCAGCUGAAAUCUGCUCGAUUCGAAGAGGCUCUUCACAAUUCUAUCGAGGCAUCUCUGCGCUCCAGCAGCGGAGACCCACAGCCCAUCUUCACGCAGCUCUACCUGAAGCCGGAGUCGUAUCCCGGCAGCAUGGAGGAGGUGAAGCCAAAAGCUGAACUCCAAAGUGGCGAGCUGCCCGGCCACGAGCUCCUGAACAGCCACUCCUCCAACGACCAGGAGGAGCAGGAAGAAGAGGAGGACGAGGACAGCAACAGCCCCCCGCUCCCCUACCUGCAGGCCCCUGUGCCAGACGGCUGCUGCACGCUGGAUGGGUUCUGCCAGGCUGGCAAGGAUCUCCGUCUGGUCUCCAUGGUAACGGAGCCCACUGACGUGCCAACGGGCUUUGAGCUGGUCGGCGCCAAGUCACCCAGCAUCCCCGAGCACAUCCUGGUGUGCGCUGUGGACCGUCGUUUUUUGCCGGAUGAGAACGGGAAAAAUGCACUUUUAGGUUUUUCAGGGAACUGCGUGGGCUGUGGCGAGAAGGGCUUCAGGUACUUUACGGAGUUCUCCAACCACAUCAACCUCAAGUUGUCUACGCAGCCCAAGAAGCAGAAGCACUUAAAGUAUCACCUGGUGAAGAACUCUCAGGGUGCUCUGUGCAAAGGACCCCUCAUCUGCUGGAAGGAUUGUAAAACACGUCAGUUCUCCAGCUCUGCAUCCACGUCCAAACCCAGCUCCUCCUCCUCGGUCAGUAGUAAAGAAAACCUCGGAACCAGCGGAAAUGGUUCGUCUCCCUUCUCCCUCUCAGAUUCUCCACCAACCAGAAUGACGUCAGCCUCUUCCACCUCUUUUGGCAGUCAGGACCUGAACAGAGAGUGCAGCUUCAUCAAGCCUAUGGCCUCCACACAUGGAAACAAGACGCUACCAAUAGUUCCCACAGCGCUGAGGGUAAACGGGCCGACCAAUGGCUUGAGUGUUGAUGGGCGUCCUCCUUUACUUAGCCCCUCCCAGAUCACCUUAGGACCUCCAAGUCAAGGGUAUCGAACAUCUGACUUGGGAGACAGUCCGGUGCCCUCCGCCAUGAACUCCGGCCCACCCAAGAAACGCCAUCGAAGCUGGCAUCCCAGCUCCAUCGUGCCAGUCCCUCCCACGGCCGUCCCUGUGCCAGCAAUCAGGCCCAUCGUUUGCUCUCCAGGUUCUGUACUGGGGGGACCGACUCCUCAGCCACCGGGGCUGGGUGUCAUCCAGCCCCAGCCUGUCAGUGCUGGAGGCACGGUGAUUGUAUCCGACAACCUACUCAAUUGUGCAGGAGUUCGCCCUGUCAUUCUCAUUGGGCACGGCACUUUACCUUAUUUCUACGGCAACAUUGGGGAUUUGGUGGUGAGCCCACUGCUGGUGGGCUGCUACAAGAACAGCCAGUUGACGGAGAAAACCUUGGAGACUCUUGGCCUGAGCAGCAGCCAACUGCUGAGCGUGGAGACCAUGAUUCUUCUUACGCUGCAGUAUCUGGCACGUCUAGGCCCAGAGCAGAUCCCCCUAAGGGAGGAGUUAGAGCAAAUCGUUUUGAAGGCCAUGCUCUGUUGCCCUGGUGGUCCUACCAUCUCCCCUUCCCAACUGCCCUGGUUGGCUCGACUGGAGGCCAGCGUCUCCGGGGGAACCGUCCAUGUGGUGGUUACCCAUAAUUCCCUGGGGGAGGGCAUUUGCGAGUCACUGCGCGCCAUCAGCGAAGCUCCUCACCACCAGCAGUCGCUGCCCACCUAUGUGGUCAUCAUAUGUGCCUCUAAAAUGAACGACAGCGAGUUCUGCGUGCUGGUCUUAGGGAAGUACCAAGCACGGGCUUUGGCGGAGGGCAUGCUGACUACUAACGAGUUCCUGAAGGAAAUCAGUUACGAGCUCAUCACAGGGAAAGUCAGUGUGUUGGCAUCUCACUUCAAAACCACCUCUCUAGGGGACAAUCUGGACAAGCAGCUGGUGCGGUAUCAGCGCCGACGGAAAGGCCAGGUCAUCCAGCCCUUCCAGGGCGAUGUCACUGAAUACAUCCACUCACAGGAGGCUGCCAGCAUGUCACCACCUACAGACAGAGAUUUGCUGAGUAAGGUCUUCCAGAUCUUUCCGACCCAGCUGAGCGUGGCCCGUCGCCUCCUCUCCCUGGUUUGCUCAAUCGCUGACUCAGGCAGCCAGAACCUCGACCUGGGGCGCUUUUGUAAAGUGGACUUCCUGGUUUUAGUCCCGCCCUCUCACAUUCUGGUAAACCAGACGGCACAGCGCAUACGACAAUCAGGCGUCCUGGUAGACUUAGGUAUGGAGGAAUCCUGCUUGGCGCAGCAGAAAUGCGACAAGUACGUAGUGCGACUGGACACCGACGUGCAUGGCAAGAUGGAGGCUUUCAUGCGGAAAGUCAAACAGAACCCUUACACGCUGUUUGUCCUCAUCCACGACAACUCACAUGUUGACCUAACGAGCGCUCUGUCGGGCUCUGUGUGCCACGGCGAGCUGCAGGGUCUGGCUGACCGAGUCGUCAAUUGCCAGGAGGUCCUGGAGGCGGUGAACCUGCUGGUCUUGCAGGUCAGCUGCUUCCCGUACACGCUGCAGACGCACCAGUCACGCAUCAGCGUCCACAACGAGGUGCACUGGCCCUCCAAUGAAAGCCUGCAAGGAGUGCUCUCUUCUGGCGAGUUGGUCUACUUCGGCCUGAUGGACUACAGCAGAUCCCUGCAGUGGGGCGUAGCCAGCCCCAUCCUGCGCUGUGACGAUGCCUUUGAGAAGAUGGUGCACACGUUGCUGCAGAGACACCCGCACCUGCACAGCAUGGUGAUCCGCAGCUACCUGCUCAUCCAGCAGUACACAGAGGCCAUGAUGGCGCUCACCUCCUCGCCGUCCCUAAGAGACCACAUCACACCGGAGACGCUAGCCAUGGUGGAGGACUUGAUCAAUGCCCCCGGCAGGGAGGGCUCCCAAGGGCGGGGCCACAUGCUGCUGGUCCGCGUGCCUUCGCUGCAGCUGGCCAUGCUGGCCCGGGAGCGGCUGGAAGACGUGCGGGACAAGCUGGGCCUCCAGCUAUGCUUCGCCGUGCUGCUGGGAAGCCCCGCUUCCGAGCUUAACCUGCCCAGGAACUUCACAAAUCGCCUACGAACAUGGCGGGGCGGUGAGAAUGAAGACUGGGUGCCGCUCACAUACGAGGAUCUUGAGGGUCUACCCUGUAUUGUCAUUCUCACGGGGAAAGACCCUCUUGGAGAGACCUUCCCCAGGUCUUUGAAGUAUAGCGACCUUCGUCUAAUCGACUCCAGCUACUUGACGCGGACGGCGCUGGAGCAGGAGGUGGGUCUGGCCUGCACCUACGUUUCCAUGGGGGUGGCCAAGGAGCCCAAAAAGACACCGGGCCCUCGGGAGUCCGACGUGGAGAAAGCCACCACUAGCAUGAAUGACGGUGAUGAGCUGGAGCGACCUCAGAGCAAUGGCAGCGCGGCAACCAGGACCUCUGGCUCUUUGGUAGAAAACGGUGUGAGUUCAUCAGACGCCACAGAUUCCCUGCAGAAGCCCUCCACGUCUACCUGUACACCAGAGGGUGCAGACACAUCAGGUUUCAAGCAGGAGUGUGACUCCAUGGGAAGCCAGCUCUCCUGCAACCCUCCCAAAUCCUCCAAAGCCCCGGCCUCCCUUUACUCCAGCUCAUCCUCCUCGUCCCCAUCACCGUCCUCCUCUUCAACCCAACGGCCCAGCCAGUCCACGCAGUGCAGCCGCAACCCGAAGCCCGCCCGCGUUUCACCGAGGACAGUCAUCAUGUCGCGAGCGGCGUACAAUCUGUUGGCGGGCGACUCGGGGAGCCAGCUGUGCUCCUUCUCCCUGCUGCCACAUGCCGACGUGGCCUGGAACAGCCCUCUGAGGCCCCCCAUCACGGCGAGCCUGCAGAGUGAGCAGCAGAGCACCUACUACCGACAGUGGACCGUUGCCAGGCAGCAACAUGCUGAUUACGAAGCUCCACCUGUGCCGCACCCUCGACGCCUUCUGCUCAGUGGACCCCCACAGGUGGGAAAAACCGGCGCCUACCUCCAGUUUCUACGUAUCCUGUUUCGGAUGCUCAUUAGACUGUUAGAGGUAGAUGUGUUUGAUGAGGAGGAAGAGGAAGACGAAGUUGAAGAGACACCCGAGGUCGUGACCCCUGUAAGCACCCAGUGGCCUGACAUCGAAGACAUCCGCAAGUUGCCCUUUAACCCCAACCCACGAGACUCCAAGUUCAGGAAGGCCAGCCCAGUCUACUCUGACAAGAUGCCAAAGCUGAAAGUGAGAGGUUUGAAAAAAGAAGAAAAGGGCCAAGUGGAAGCCAAACAGGAGACAAAGUCAAUUAGACUCACUCGGUACGCCGCUCACAACGCCUUUCAUCACUGCGAGCAGUGUCAUCACUACUGUGACGCCAGCCCCGCCGCACAGCUGUCAGAGUGCACCUUCCAUACCUUCACCUUCUGCUCGUCCAUGCUGGGGGAGGAGGUCCAGCUCCAGUUUGUCAUUCCCAAAGACAAGGAGCAGCACUUUGUGUUCAGUCAACAGGGAAGCCACCUAGAGAGCAUGCGUCUGCCUCUGAUCUCCACCAAGGACCCCAAUCAUUUAAAGAGUCCCAUCUUCACGCCGACGACAGGGCGACAGGAACAUGGCUUACUCAACAUUUAUCACGCCAUGGAGGGUGCCGCUCACUUACACAUCCUGGUGGUCAAGCACUUUGAGAUGCUCCACUACAGGAAGUACUGGCCCAACCACAUCCUGCUUGUCCUGCCUGCUAUGUUCAACAAUUCAGGAGUCGCCUUUGCCUGGGCUCCAGGGGCUGCUCGCUUCAUGAUCAAGGAGCUGUCUUACCACAACCUGGAGCUGGAGAGAAACCGCUGGGAGGAGCAAGGAGUUAAGAGGCAAGAUGUCUGGCCUUUCAUCGUCAUGAUGGACGACUCAUGUGUGCUGUGGAACGCCCAGCAGCCAGCAGAGGGCAGCGAUCCGACCGAAAGGGGCUUUACGCUCACCAACGUGUCCCUCAAAAUGGUCUUGCAGCACAUGGAGACUACACCCAAAAUCUCCCUCUAUGCCAUGUGCGGCACCCGCAAGUGGAGCAGCACCCUGGCUCGCAAGACCCCCCGCCGACCUUUCAGCCGGUGCCACCUCCAUGAUUUUGUCCUGCUCAACGUGGAUCUGACCCAGAACGUUCAGUACGACCUGAACAGGUACAGCUGCGAGGAGGUGGACUUCAACCUUCGGGUGAACAGCAGCGGACUCCUGCUGUGCUGCUUCAACAGCUUCAGCUUGAUGAAGAAGAACAUUCCAGUCGGGGGGAACCAGGACUUCAUAGUCAAACCUAAACUCACGGAAAUAGAAACCCCUGGUGCAAUCAGCCCCUCCCAGUACGUCUGUGCCCCUGAUAGCGAGCAGACCCUGCUGGAUGCCCCUGCCCAGUUCCUGCUGGAGAAGUUCCUGCAGAGCUGCAGCCACAGAUUGUUCCCCAAAGCUAUUCAGAACCCCAAAAACCCGGUUCUGUCUAUUGACAGCUACCUCAACAUCAGCCCAGAGAUCUCCGUGUGUUACAUCAACUCCCGUCCACACUCCACGAACCUCAACCAUCAGGGCCUGCAGUUCAGUGGCUUGCUGCUGUAUCUCUGCGACUCCUUCGUCGUAUCCGGACUCCUCAAGAAAUUCCGCUUCCUCAAAGGCGCCACCUUGUGCGUCAUCUGCCAGGACCGGAGCUCGCUGCGUCAGACCAUCGUCAGACUGGAGCUGGAGGACGAGUGGCAGUUCCGCCUGCGGGACGAGUUCCAGACGGCCAACUGCAGCGAGGACAGACCCCUCUACUUUCUCACCGGCCGCCAUGUUUGAAAAAAGACAAACGCUCGAUUCAACGUCAAGCCAGCAACUCUUGCCAUUCCGGCGAAAGGUCAAAAAUGGCGCCAAGGUCACGCUCAUGGCUCCACUUUUUUUGUGUUAAGAUUGUACGUGGACUUUUAACCACGGUAUGUCCCGCACUGGGCGUACGUGUUUAUCUCAGGGUUUUAAAGCAAACUUACAGAGUUUUUCCUCUGCUUCAUUGCGUUUACUUUACUUGGCACCAAAGACGAUCUCAAGCUGCACCUUUUGCUUGUCCCCCGCCUUCAUGUCUUCACUGCUUCAAAAACUCCAGUUUCACGUUGCUGCCUCGCCCUGAAAAAUCUCCGAUAAACGCUAAACGUAACAUAGCGGCGACUUCAUUGACAAAGUCUGCAGCCCACCAUUGAGGUUACAUCAGGGGUGUCAAACUCCUUUUAUAUGAGGGGCCACAUGGAGAAAAAUCUACUCCCGAGUGGGACGGGACUGGUAAAAUCCCGGCAUGAUAACUUAAAAAUAAAAGCAACUUCAGAUUGUUUUCUUUGUUUGAAAAUAUAACAAGCAAAUUCUGAAAUUGUACAAAUCAUAAUGUUGUUAGGGUUUUUUUUUACAAUUACUUUUUGCGGUUAAUAGUAUAUAUACUUGUCAUUAUUUAUAUUUUCUGAAUAAAUUAUGUGAUAAUGUUCAUCAGUCAACUCAUUGCUGUUAAUUUACAAUCCAUCAAGAUAAAAAAAAGUUUAUCAAAAUCAAAUUACAGUAUAUUAUUUAUGUAGUUUGAUUAUUUUCCUCGAUUUAUUUUGUACAUAUGUAGCAUCAUCUAAAAAGUUACAAAGAAUUGCUAUUGCGACAUCCAGUGGACAAAUUCAGAACUGCAGUAUCUUUCAUUUAAAAUUUUAAAGGCCUACUGAAACCCGCUACUAUCGACCACGCAGUCUGAUAGUUUAUAUAUCAAUGAUGAAAUAUUAACAUUGCAACACAUGCCAAUACGGCCUUUUUAGUUUAAUAAAUUGUAAUUUCAAAUUUCCCGCGAAGUGUCCUGUUGAAAAAGUCGCGGAAUGAUGACGUAUAUGCGUGACGUCACGGACUGUUAGGAAAUAUUAAUGUGCGCACACACACAACUAAAAGUCGUCUGCUUUAACCGCAUAAUUACACAGUAUUUUAGACAUCUGUGUUGCUGAAUCUUUUGCAAUUUGUUCAAUUAAUAAUGGAGAAGUCAAAGUAGAAAGAUGGAGUUGGGAAGCUUUAGCCUUUAGCCACACAAACACACGGUAAUUCAUUGUUUAAAAAUUCCCGGAGGUGAAACUUUAGUAUGGAUCAGAGCGGUCAAGCGAACAUGGAUCCCGACAAAAUGUCAGCCAGCAGUUUUCGGUGAGAAAAUUUGUAGUAAAGAGUCGCCACUUACCGGAGAUCAGCUGAGCUUGUGCCGUCCGUACAGCUGCCGUCGACUUCCCUCAGACACUGGCCUCCAUACACCCGUGGAUACACCCUUCCGGCUAUCAGGUCCUAUAAACUCACUAAAAAACUAGCAACAUAAUAGAAAGAUAAUGGAUUUCCCAGAAUUAUCCUAGUAAAUGUGUCUAAAAACAUCUGAAUCCGUCCCAAUGCAAUCGCGUUUUUUUUUUUAAACUUUUUUUUUCUAGUCCGUCGCUAUCAAUAUCCUCAAACAGGAAUCUUUCAUCCUCGCUCAAAUUAAUGGGGAAAUUGUAGUUUUCUCGGUCCAAAUAGCCUUUUUUGUUGGAGGCUCCCAUUAAAAACAAUGUGAGGAUGUGAGGAGCCAUCAACGGGUGAUGUCAUCGUCUGCGACUUCCGGUAAAGGCAAGGCUUUUCUGUUAGCGACCAAAAGUUGCGAACUUUAUUGUCGAUGUUCUCUACUAAAUCCUUUCAGCAAAAAUAUGGCAAUAUCGCAAAAUGAUCAAGUAUGACACAUAGAAUGAACCUGCUAUCCCCAUUUGAAUAAGAAAAUCUCAUUUCAGUAGGCCUUUAAAGUUCAUUUUUAUACCAGAAAACUCAUCCCGCGGUACGGAUAAAACCUGUUCGCGGGCCUGAGUACGUUUGACACCCCUGGGUUACAUAAUAUUGAGCAUCUGUCCGAUGUUCUGACAUAUCACGCGUAACAAAGUACCAAUAAGACGAGAUCGGGGACAAACGGAGUGAGCCAAGAAACGAGACAAUUGGAUUACUGUACUGUUUAAAGCAUUGUUCACAUUAUUAUUAAUAUAUUAUACAAUCCCCUUUUAAACCCAGAGGGAUACUGAUAUUGUUGUUUUUUGUAACUUUAACCAGUAUGUUUUGGUGUCUUUUUCUGCAAGGCAAAAAUAAUCUACCUAGAUGUGUCCUUAACCAUGUGUCUCUACCGCCCUGGAGGGCUCCUUAUUUAUUUCUCUUUUUUGGGGGGGGGGGAUUGAUAAUCAUGUUAAAAGAAGAAAUAAAACCUCUAUGAUAUUCGAUUGCAUGCUGAGGGAGGGAGUGCGUCCUCUUUGCUGAAGGCUUUGCACAUUGACCCGAAACCCAAGCCCGCGAAAAACAUCACGACGAUAGUUGGAGUCAACCGGAUGUCACUGAGGAAGAGUGAACUUGCACUAAACAAGUUGCCAAAGCCAAUGGAAAAUAAAUCAAAUGAUCGCCCACCCAACCCGGAGACGAGACUAAUGAUUUGAGUGCGGGAAUGUUUUGGCAGAAGUUUGAAUAAUAUGCAACUUGCUCACACAAUCACACAAUCAGUGUGGUCUACCUCACGUGACCGUUGUGCAUCAAAGCCAUGCUGUUGUCCUUGUUCUCAAUUUUGAAUGUAAUAAAAACCGUAAUUAAUG